GUAAUUUAAGAUUCGUUCAAGGUUCGUCCAUAAAUUAGUCUCGCCAAAGUUCAACAAGCAACGGUGUAAAAUGAAGAAAAUAUUUAGCUUGGGACGUCUGACACGUCUUCGCGAUUUAUUGAAAGAUAGAAAUUUACAAGGAUAUAUACUGCCAACAGAAGAUGAACAUUUUAAUGAGUAUGUGGGCUAUGCAGAUAGGCGUUGUGCAUUCAUCUCUGGAUUCACAGGUUCUUCCUGCUCCAUUGUUAUCACUUUAGAUCAAGCUGCUUUAUGGACUGAUGGUCGAUAUCAGCUACAGGCUUCCAAUGAACUAGACGAAAAUUGGUCAUUAUUUAGAAAUGAAUUAACUGAAGCGCCUACAAGAGCCCAAUGGAUUGUUUCGUCAACUGCACCUGGUUCUUCUAUUGGAUAUGAUGGUAGACAAAUACCUUAUACGGGAAUCGAAACCUUACAAAAAGAAUUGGCUGGUGUUGAAGCUGAAUUAGGUAUUCUACCAAAUUGUAACGGAAUUCAAAAUCCUCUCAGUCGACAAUUAGUUAAUAUACCAAACACAAAUUUGGUUGAUCUGGUUUGGGAGUCUAUGUCUGAAUUACAAAUUGAAAAUGUUUCUCGUCCUAUUCGUUCAUCAAAUCCACUGUUAUUUAUUCCAGUCUCAUUUUCUGGUUCAAAUUGGCAGCAAAAAAUUGAUCGUGUUAGAAAUAUGAUGAAAGUAAAAGGAGCUGAAUUACUGGUUUUAUCUGCAUUGGAUGAGAUUGCAUGGUUAUUCAAUUUACGUGGAAGUGAUAUACUUUACAAUCCAGUGUUUUAUGCAUAUGCUAUUGUGAGCUUGAAUAAAAUAGACUUAUUUUUGAAUCCGAAAACUGUCGAUCAAACACCUAGGCUUGAUGAUUACUUGAGCGAUAAACAGUAUUCAGUAAAAAUUCAUCCAUAUUCUGAAUUUUUCAACUAUUUGGAAACUGUUGUUCAUAAUUCACCGGAAAAACAUUUACCAUUACAACCGUCACGUGUAUGGCUUGAUAUAUCUGCUAGUUAUGCAAUUGUUACAAAAAUUCCAGAAAAUCAACGUCUAUUUCAUAUCUCACCUGUUGCUGAAAUGAAAUCAAUCAAAUCUUUAUCAGAAUUAAAUGGAAUUCGUGAAAUUCACAUCACUGAUUCAUUAGUAUUAUGCGAUUUUUUGGCUUGGUUAGAAGAUGAAGCUAAUCAAAUUAAUAACAACAGCUGUUGUAAACAGUCACAUGAUUACAAACCAAUAAAACCAAAUACAGUAAAUGGUGCAGGCCUACCGGUAAUAACACCACCACUUGUUUUGACUGAAGCAUCAACUGCUCAAUAUUUAGAUGAAUUACGGUCACAAGCUAAAGAUUUUUUUAGCUUAAGCUUCAACACAAUAUCUUGCGCUGACGCAAAUGGAGCUAUUAUACACUAUCAUCCUGUUGAAGGUCAAAGUGCACCUAUUACUAAUACAAGUAUAUACCUUGUUGAUUCUGGUGGUCAAUACUUGACGGGCACAACGGAUGUCACGCGUACAAUCCAUUUAGGUGAACCAACAUUAGAACAGAAGAAUUGUUAUACAACCGUCUUAAAAGCCCAUAUUGCACUUGCUAUGCAAAUUUUUCCAUCGAAUACUCAGGGUUCACGAUUGGAUAUUAUAUCUCGUCGAAUCAUGUGGCAAUUUCAUGGUAAUUAUGCUCAUGGAACAGGACAUGGUGUUGGUGCAUUUCUCAAUGUACAUGAAGGCCCUAUUGGGUUGUCUGGUAGUCGAAUUAACGCAUACUCUCGUUUGGGUAUAGUAGAACCAGGCUUACAAGAAAAUAUGGUUGUUACCAUUGAACCUGGUUACUAUUGGACUGAUCACUUUGGAAUACGGUUAGAAAAUGUAGUAUUUGUUGUACCUGUUGAAACAAAAGAUUCGCACAGUAGUGACAGGAAUAGUUAUACAGCUGAAACCUCUACCUGUCACCGAUCUUUUCAAUUUUCACCAGACAUUAACAAUACUAAAUGGCUCAGUUUUGAACCAGUCACCUUAGUUCCAUUUCAACGUAAAUUUAUCAAUUCUGAUAUGUUGACUACAGAUGAAUUAAAUUGGUUAGAUAAUUAUCAUAAAACAAUUCGUCAAGUUUUAUGCAGUCGUAUUUACCAAGAAGUGAAUGUUCAAUUGUCAAUUAACGAUGGAAAUGAUGACCAUGAGAUCAUGUUAUCAAAUAUAUCAAUGUUAUCGUCUAGUCGUCAACGUUGUUUACAAUGGAUAUUAAACCAAACAAAAUCAUUUUUGUAA